CCCAGGCCUACUUCCCAUGCCCAUAAAGUUCCCGAAGCCACUAAAUGCUAAAACUUGCUACAAAUGCAAAAACCCUUAAGCACUGAGAAAGCUUGAAUCUUUGUUGGCAAUGGCCGUUCCUCUUCCUGCUCGUCCUCAAUCUCCCGAAGGUUUUUACGCAAUCAACAACCAGUUUCAGACGAAUGGGCCAAAAGGGUUCUCUGAGCUCAAGAUUCUAGCGAACGGAGACAUGUUCGUGAGGAUGGAUUUGCCUGGAGUUCCUGAUGAAGGCGGCAUGAGUGUUUAUCAUAACCGGUCGGAGGAAUCUGUAGUUGUUUACGCCAAAGCACCCAAGAUUCACACACACGACUCCACCGAACGUCGUUACCUAACGAUGACUGGAAUUGGCUGCAGCUGCUGUGCGAUCUCAAGCAUGACCACUCACAUGUCCGACGGUGUUUUUAGACUUACCCUCUCCAAGACUCGCAUCGAUCCAAAUCGCUCUUCUUGCAUCGUUCUUGGUUGCUCAGGUUUCCGUGAAGAUCUCCGUGGCACCGAUCCAAAUGGUAUUCUCCUGUACAACUCUCUUGUCCUAGUAAUUAUAUUUAGUACUGAGAUUGGGUGUUUAAAAUGAGAGUAUUUGUACUUGCGUUCCCACAAUCGACUAUGGCCUAUGAGUCGAAGCAGCUCCCAAACGGCAAACUAUUCGUGCGUGCAGACAUGCCUGGUGUUCCCAAAGAAAACUUCACUGUCUCUGUCACGAAUGGGCGAGUCAAGGUGACUGGUGAAGCUCCUGCUCUGAGCCAUGACUCAAGUGGCCGUUUCUACUCUGGUGACGGCGCUAUGCUCUCCACUCCUGUUGACAUUCCCAGCCGUAGGAUCAAGACCAUCGCCAAGGACGGUGUCAUUCGUCUCCUUAUCCCUCCAUUUUGAUGAUGAUUUCAUGAUGAAACUUUGUCUUUCUAGUAUGGUGGACCCUUUCUCUGGGAUGGUGUCGUUUGUUUUGUGGAUCGUGUCGUUUUAUGUUUUAUCAGUACUUAUUUUGGGAUUAUGUCUCUACGACGCAACUUAUUUUGGUAAUGUUUCAAAGACGCAAUUUAUUUUGAUAUGUUUCAACUUUUCGGCUAGUUUGUUAUCAUUUUCCGAAGUCUGUUGAAUUGCAAACAGUUUUACAAAACUUUUGCUAUGAGUAUCAAAUUUAAGGCCACAUAACUCUUUGAGCAUGACGCAAUGACAAAUGAUUUCCACCAUCAAACUCAAUACACAUCCUUUCCACUUUUCUAUCUGUUGAAACAUCUCUACAGAUAUAUUCAAUUACAUACUCUUCUUCUGAUGACAAUACGUUGCAGUGCCUGUUAUAGUUAGAACCAAUGGGAUUAUCAGCUACCAACCCAAUGUUGAAACAAGUAAAUUGUACUCACAAAGUUCAAACUUUCAGGGUCUAAAAGCUACCAUCAAACUAACAGACAACCAUGCUUCACUAAACUUUAGAACAUGCUAAAGGAUAGGACCUGAUAAACUAUUGAUUCCUAGAUCCCCAAAUGGCCAAAUAUCUAUCAAACUCCAACCUAUGUACAUGGUUCUAUCAGCACUAAUACAGUACAAGCAUCGAGUAGCGUUAAUAAACCAAUACUUGGGAUAUGAAUCAAGUAACAGUUAACUACUAACUUGUACAAACCCAAUGCAAAUAACGUAUGAUUUCAUCAGUAAGUGUGAAACCAGAGCCACCAAUAUAAUCCCAAAACUCACCUCCGGGAAAAACCACCGGCUCUCUGGCUCUGUUUCAUGAAAAGGGCUCUCUCUCUUUCCUUCUCAACCCUCUCCCUCUUCAACCUUUCUUCCCUCAACUCCUUUAAGCUCUUCUUCCCACUCAUCUUCUUCUUCUUAGCUUCAUAACCACCACAUCCACCAUCAUCAUCCUCACCUCGAACACUAUCAUUUUCAUCGUUACGUUUCUCAAGGUACCAAGGACGCUUCACACCUUUACCAGCAACUCCAUAUCCCAAUCUAUACUUCUCCUCAUCAGGAUCACCAGCUCUCGCAGCAGCAUCUUUCGCAGAGGCUCUCGCCGUUGCAGCCGCUUCUUUCCUCAUCUUCUUCCUUCUCUGAUCUUCCUCAUCCGCAGGCUUAUCAUUCUUCUUGAUCUCAAUCGGAUCAAAAAUCCUAAUCCCUUCGAACAGAUUAAUAUGACCCGUCUUAGGCUCCUCCGAUUCAACACUCUCCACAACAACAGCAGUCGAUUUAACAACAGCCGCCGCCACCACCGCUUCAUCCUUACCCUUCUCUGCCUCCGGAGACGCUCGUUUGAGAGGCGCCAAGCCACGGACGUUACGAAGCACUUCGAGACGAGAUUCAGCAUCUCGUUUUCUAGCUUCCUCGCGUUUGAUCUGCUCUUCUCUAGCGGCAGCUUCUUCCUCCUUUCGGACUUUUUCUCGAUUGUCGAAGUUGUAAACGUUCCACCUCUUCUGUGGAAGAAUAUUCAAACCACCGUGACCUCCCAUGGCUUAAUCUUACCAAACAAAAUUAGGGUUUUCAAACGAUGAGAUUGAAUCGAACCAGGAGAUGGAUGAGAGAACUUCGAAGCGAAUUGGAAAAUAAAAACUUGAUCGGAAUAAAAUUG